AUGCCUCAGGGCGCACAGGCCUCUCCAAAGCCAGCGGCGCCUUUCGACCAGAGCUCACAAAGCAAUGGAGACGCCAACAUCGCAGCAGGCCGAUCCGCGACGAAAAGUAGAAUUCCGACCAGAUGGCUCAAGCUCUCCAUCUUCAACAGAUUCAACAAAGAUCCCGACCCGGGCCUUACCCCAGAGCCGGACCCGGACUGGGUUCAGUGGGAACAGGCCGCAAUCCGUUGCGGUGACUCACGGGAGGCAAUGUUUAGAGAACAGGAUUUCUGGUGCCUAACCGCCGAGGGAAGCAAGCAAUAUUACGUGUCGGUCUUGGAGGAGGACCAGGUCUGGUCUUAUGCUUCCGAUAAUGCUAGAUGGGCCAGGGCUAAGAGCACAAUGAGGAUGCUUCUGGCCGACCUGAAAGAUUGGGAUGUUGAGUACAGAGAUACACAGCUCCGAAUGGUAGCUAGGAAACCCCGAGACACGGGAUCGCCGACCGUGACGCUGAUUCCGUGCGUGCUCCUGUCCUGCGACCGGAAGUCCUUGCGGAGAGUUAAAAAUGGAAUCGCGCGGUUGAGUUGGUCUAGGCCCGAUGUCCAGGAUUACACUCUCAUCCUAGUAUCCGGCCUGGAAGGUGGGACGAAAGUGGUCGCUCCGAUGCAGAUCAGGGACCUGGACAUGGGCGAACCUAUACGCAUCUCCGGCUUCGAGGACGAUCUCCAUAUCCAUAUCGAGGGCUUCACUCGGCUCGCUCGCUUGGUUGCCACCCCUCUCUCUUUGACGCCAUCCCCGGCUGAAUCUCACGGCCUUUUCUGUGUCGCAAGCGUUACGAACUUUGAGAAGAGGCUCCUGUCGCAGUGGAUAUCUAGAAUCGGCGGCCUGUUGUACGUGGAGGACAGCGAAGAAGAACGAAUCCUCGCGUUGACCGCCGGGCACGGCAUGUUGAAACACUUUGUCCAAUUACGAAAACCGAGCGAAGAGGUGUCCUCCCGUACUACUCUGCGCCAUAAACACACGACAAACUUCCCUCGCGACCCUAACCGUCUGGGGUACACAGACAUCAAACGCAUGCACUGGGUGAAGGACGGAGUCUUUCCGUCCCAGAUUUCCUUCCUCACGACGCUGGAGCCACCGCAAGAAGAAGAGAAUUCACGCGAUGCACGAAAGUAUCUCCCGUACUCCCUCGGCUGGACCGAAAGAGCACACGACUUCGGCCUCCUCGAGCUGCCGCCGUCGCUCUUGGCCGCAUUCGGAGUUCCUCUGGUCGGUAACAAGCAUCUCAACAAACUCUGGAGUUCUGCGGGGUUCACGGUCGAAAUGGAUUCUCUUCGUCUUAAUAAAGACGAAUUCGGAUUAAAUCCGCGCCGGAUACAGGAGGUUGGUAUCCUGCUGAGACCGGGCCAGACGGUCUCAGCCCGGCUCAUACCCGGAGACCAUCAACUGGUCAUAUCGGAGAUGGUAUUCGAUGUCCAGAGACUCAUGCUGUCCCGGCCAUUAGCCCAAGGAGUUUCGGGAUCGUGGGUCGUCAAGAACGGCGUCUGGUACGGCAUGAUAAUCGCCAUCUAUGACCCGGAACCAGCAGCUCUUAUGACAACCAGCAUGCAGCUGAUACAAGAUAUCUACUCGCUAUUCGGCGGUUAUGUUGUCCCUGGACGGAGGGAACCCCGGGUUAUCAGACCUGCACAAUGGAAGGACGUUUUAAGGCUGAUUUCAAAGAAGCACGAAGUGGUAGAGAGAGCGGCGGGCUAUCUCCACGGCUAG